AUGCCUUUCAGUGUCGGUAUCGGUGAUGUCAUAGCCGUCGGCAAACUGAUCAAGGACAUCACUGACAGUCUGCGAUCUGCUGGUGGAGCAAAAUCGGAAUACCAGGAACUCACCAAGGAGCUUGAGGCGCUCAGGACUGCCCUAGAUGGUCUGGAUCAACUCGAUAGCAAUGCAGCCCCCUCAGCACUUCUUGACACAAUCAAGUUCGUCACGGCGGACUGUCGCCAACGACUUGAAGUGUUCUGGGCGAAGAUCGAGAGAUACGAGUCGUCCCUAGGCCCCGCAAGUCGAUCCAACGCUCUGAGAGGUACCAUGGAUAAGCUCGGCUGGACGUUCUGCCGGAAGAAGGAAGUUGUGCAACUCCAGAGAGAUCUCCAAUUCUAUAGCAAUGUCAUCAACAUACUCAUGACACGGCAUGUCGUGGGACAGGUGAAGGAUACAGGUGCAGUCUGUACACAAAUCGCUGAGCGCAUUCGUGACACACAAGACACUCUCGCAGAUGUUGGCAAGGAUGUAGUAAGCCAGGGGGUUGUAGCGAGUAACACUCAGACACUGGUCACUGGCCUGCAUCAGUUCAUAUUCGGCGAGGUCAGAACAUUCCUGGCCGACUUCGGGCAGUUGGUGAACAAAGUCUUUGCCUCGACCCAGCAAAUAUACGCCGUUGUUCUCGAAAUCCGAGAUUCGGGAAGAGCACGGAGGAUUUAUGUGCACACUGACGCUUUCCUGACCCCUACGUACCACCACCUUCCCUCACCUUUGAUCCCCAAACCUUCCAUCCCACAUCAGCAACAAAUCGCACUCAUGGCCAACCACAGGGCGAUGCAAGAGAUGAGCCGUCUCGAAGACCUGCAACUGCAGCGCGAGCUCAAGCAAAGCGUCCUUGAAUACAUCAUCGACUUGUACCAACCAGCCUACCCCAACAACCAUGGCUUCUCCAUCCUCAUCUGCCGCCACGUAUUUGACCGCUCCUCUUCCAUCCCCGCUGCUGCCGCCUUAGGCCGCCGCAACGAUAGAGCAGACGAGUUCAUCAUGAUCCGCGCGGUUACACUCAGCGAGCCCGGAACGAAGAAGUGGACGCUCGUGGCUGAGAGCAGCAGGGCGUGCUUCGGUAUCGUACCUGCGUUGCAAGAAUUCUCGAAAGACUUGGAGCGAGAGAUGGGAAAGAUGACAGCCUCGAUGACCGUAGGAAACAAGAGGCAGCGCAGUGACAAGGACGAGGGCUCGAACGAUCAAGGUGAGUACAUCUCAGGUUAUCAGCGCAAGAGGCAGAGAUAG